UGAGCGAACUCCAAGGCUUCUCCGCCGUCUCUCUCAAGCAAAGGGGGAAAAAAUGAAGGCUUUUUCUUCGUAAGCUCGCACUCCGUGACUGAAAGAUCUCAAAUUUUUCUCUGAAACGAAGCCCAAUGCUGUCCCUCGGGUUGGCUUCGCCCUCGGCGUCGUCGCCGGUGGUCGCCCGUGAAGUGCUGUUGCGGAGAAACUACGGCGGCAAUCCAUUUUUGUACUGUCCCCAUCGGGGAAAAGUGGGAAGGUGGGGAUGCGGGCAUGCUCUAAGAAUUGCUUCAGCUUCAAAGACUACAAGUAAGGGCAUAUCCUGUAGCCAAAUCUCUGCUGCCAUUACAGGUGUUUCAUUUGACCAAACUCUUCAAGAUGGCCUUCCUAAAGGUGCCAUGUGGUCUGUCCAUAAAUUUGAUGGGACCUGUAUGGGCACUGCCCAAAGGAUUCAGAGUGUUGCAGAUAUAUCCCUUGGUGAUCCUUCUGAAAGAAAACUGAUAAUUGUUUCUGCAAUGUCAAAAGUGACGGAUAUGCUUUAUGACCUUUUAUUCAAGGCUCAGUCAAGGGAUGAUUCCUACAUGUCUGCACUUGAUGGUGUUUUUGAGAAGCAUAUGUUGACAGCAAAGGAACUUCUAACUGGAGAUGAUCUUGCAACCUUUUUGUCACACUUGCAUAGUGACAUUAGCAACCUUAAAGCAAUGCUCCGUGCCAUUUAUAUAGCCGGUCAUGCAACAGAAUCUUUUUCAGACUUUGUUGUGGGUCAUGGGGAGUUAUGGUCUGCUCAAAUGUUGACUUAUGUUAUAAAGAAGAGCGGAAGGCCAUGCACUUGGAUGGAUGCAAGGGAUGUCCUUGUUGUUAAUCCUACUAGUUCCAAUCAAGUAGACCCUGACUUUGAAGAAUGAAAAAGGCUAAAAAAAUGGUUUUCUCAUCAUUCCGCAGAGACUGUUGUUGCUACUGGCUUCAUUGCUAGCACACCCCAAAAUAUUCCUACAACUCUGAAAAGAGAUGGAAGUGAUUUCUCAGCAGCAAUAUUUGGUUCUCUUGUUAAGGCGAGUCAAGUGACAAUCUGGACAGAUGUAGAUGGUGUAUAUAGUGCCGACCCCAGAAAAGUAAGUGAGGCUGUGAUACUGAGGACAUUAUCUUAUCAGGAAGCUUGGGAGAUGUCAUAUUUUGGAGCAAAUGUUCUGCAUCCACGCACCAUCAUUCCAGUGAUGAAGUAUAAUAUUCCUAUUCUUAUUAGGAAUAUUUUCAAUCUUUCUGCCCCAGGAACAAUUAUUUGCCAACAGCCUCCAGAUGAAAAUCUGAACGGACAAAGUUUAAAGACAGUUGUCAAAGCAUUUGCUACUAUAGAUAACUUGGCCCUUGUAAAUGUUGAGGGAACUGGAAUGGCUGGUGUUCCUGGCACAGCAAGUGCUAUAUUUGGUGCUGUAAAAGCUGUUGGUGCCAAUGUUAUUAUGAUAUCUCAGGCGAGUAGUGAACACUCUGUAUGUUUUGCGGUCCCUGAAAAAGAAGUUGGAGCAGUGUCUGAGGCUUUACAAAAUAGAUUUCAUGAGGCUCUGGUCGCAGGGAGGCUUUCUAAGGUUGAGGUCAUUCCUAGUUGUAGUAUUUUGGCUGCAGUUGGCCAGAAAAUGGCGAGCACCCCAGGAGUCAGUGCUACUUUGUUUGAUGCAAUAGCAAAGGCCAACAUAAAUGUGCGAGCCAUAGCACAAGGUUGUAGUGAGUAUAAUAUUACCUUGGUGCUGAAGCAAGAGGAUUGCGUCAGAGGUCUUAGGGCUGUUCAUUCAAGAUUUUAUCUCUCGAAAACAACACUAGCAAUGGGAAUAAUCGGUCCAGGCUUGAUUGGUGCCACUCUUCUCAACCAGCUCAAAGAUCAGGCAGCAGCGCUCAAGGAAAAAUUUAACAUUGAUUUGCGUGUCAUGGGAAUCACUGGUUCGAAGAAAAUGAUCUUUAGCGAUACAGGGAUAGAUGAGAUAGACCUAUCCCAGUGGAAAGAAAUUAUGGGGGAAAAAGCGGAAGAAGCUGACCUCAAAAAAUUUGUGAAAGUUGUGCAUGAAAAUCAUUUUUUCCCAAAUACAGUUUUGGUAGAUUGUACUGCUGAUUCAAACAUCGCAAACCAUUACUAUGACUGGUUGUGUAAAGGAAUUCAUGUCAUUACUCCUAACAAAAAGGCCAACUCUGGACCCCUUGAUCCGUAUUUGAAGUUGAGGGCACUUCAGCGCCAAUCAUACACUCACUACUUCUACGAAGCAACUGUUGGAGCCGGUCUUCCAAUUAUCAGUACUUUGCGUGGACUCCUCGAAACUGGUGAUAAGAUUCUGCGAAUUGAGGGCAUUUUUAGUGGCACUCUGAGUUAUAUUUUCAACAACUUCGUUCAAUCACGAGCCUUCAGUGAUGUGGUUGCCGAAGCAAAACAAGCUGGUUACACUGAACCGGACCCAAGAGAUGAUCUAUCGGGAACUGAUGUCGCCAGAAAGGUCAUAAUUCUCGCAAGAGAGUGUGGUCUAAAGUUGGAGCUUUGUGAUAUUCCAGUUCGAAGCCUGGUACCGGAGCCAUUAAGAGCAAGUUCGUCAGCAGAUGAAUUCAUGCAGCGGCUUCCGGACUUCGACGGGGAGUUGGCGAAGGAAUUAAAUGACGCAGAUUCUUCUGGAGAGGUGCUAAGAUACGUUGGAGUUGUGGAUGUCAUUGAUCAAAAUGGAGUGGUUGAACUGAGGAGAUACAAGAAAGAUCACCCAUUUUCGCAACUCUCCGGCUCCGAUAACAUCAUAGCUUUCACUACGACAAGGUACAAGAACCAGCCAUUGAUUGUUCGUGGUCCCGGUGCUGGAGCUGAAGUCACCGCCGGAGGAGUUUUCAGCGAUAUAUUGCGCUUGGCUUCUUAUCUAGGUGCUCCAUCAUAACAUAAUAGUUGAUGAACUGGUUGGACUUCUUGUGCUGCAUGAAACCUUAACAUUAUUGUGUAUGUACAUGCAUGUUCAUGUUGAGGAAACUUAACUUCUUGUUAGAUUUUUUCUAGUGAGAUUUGCCUUCUUGAGUUA